GGCAUUUCCAGCUUAUAGCUCUCUACAUUGUAUGUUGCAUUCACCAGUUCCAUUACAGCUCUUACUUUUGAGUACGAAUCGUGCAUAAUAUAGCUUGUACGAGCACAGGGUCCAGUAAUGGCUGACUACGAACGUCGUCAUCAUGGACCUAGGGGUGGUCGCAAGAGGCGCUACAGAGAUGACGAUGACUACGACCGUCGCCAGCGGCGCAGGUAUGAGGAGCCCUUGGUUGUCAAGGUUCGACGGCAACUGCUAAGCAUAGCCGAAUCUGCAGCCAGAAGGGUGGAGGAUGAUGCGGUAAACAUCGCGAAAAGCGUGGCAGACAAUUACGAGGACGAGGAGCUAAGAAACACAUUUGUUGAUAUCUCACUUGACCUUGUUCUUGAACAACCGCUGAAGAUCCCUUUCAUCGCUACUAUAAUCCUCGUUGCGAAUGUCCAUAAAUCAGAGCUUGCCUCCGACGUGCUAAAGAAAGCAGGGGAGCUUGUACAAAACUACGUCAAUGCAGGAGGUUGGCGCGAGACAAAGCUUCUUCUCCGUUUCUUGGGCUGCCUGCAACCCAUCUUCGAAGGCGACGGUAUCUUCCCAAUCCUAGAGGAACUGUUCACUCGCGCCGUUGAUCUUCAGACAACUUCGUCCGAAGAUUUACUUGGAUUGGAGCUCGUGAAGAUAAUCCUGUUUACGAUCCCAUACGUGAUGGCAUCUCCUGCAACUGGCUGCGAAACCUCAGCGACUGCCCUUCUCGAGAAGACAGACAUCAUCGCCUCCACCCCGCACACACUUGUCGAUUUAGUGAACCCCUUUGGUCCAGAGGAUGGGCAACCAGGCGCUAUACAAAGCGUCAUUAGUUUGCUUCAGACUCAGCUCCAGCAAGAGGCCAGCCGAGGCUGGGAACUUGCGUGCCUUCCUCGUCCCUGGAACGGAGUUCAAGCAGAAGAGAAUCAGGAUUCGAUCGAGUCGGCGGCAAAGCAUGCUUUCCCACAAGUAAUCGUUCCUAGCCCGGUCAAGAACGGAACGAGGGCGAUUUUCCCAGAAGUCUACUUUUCUGUGUACUCCAACCAGGAUAUCGAGACCGUCCCUCCCACGUCAGAUAUAUCCUCGUCAUUGUUGCGGGACGCCCUGGUCGACACCAUCAAUAUCCUUGACUUCAAUCGCAUUGCAACAGCCAAGUUUUUAAUAGAUGUUGACUGCUACUUCACGCCCCAUACGUUUGUGAAGCGUGCCACGCCUUUUGACAGGUUGCGGGACAUCCCCGGGGAUCGACCAACGUGGAAGCCAGAGGACGUUGCCGUGGAUGCCGUUUUCUCCCAACUGUUUCACCUACCUUCACCGGAGCAUAAACUUGUCUACUAUCACUCCGUCCUCACCGAAUGCUGUAAAAUCGCACCAGCUGCUAUUGCCCCAAGCUUAGGGCGUGCUAUUCGCUUUUUGUACCGCAGUCUGGAGACCAUCGACCUUGAUCUCAGCCAUCGGUUCUUGGAUUGGUUUUCUCAUCAUCUGAGCAACUUCGGGUUCACGUGGAAAUGGAGCGAAUGGAUCGAUGACCUUGAACUCCCGUCGGUCCAUCCAAAAAUGGCCUUCAUCACUGGGGCGCUCGAUAAGGAGAUUCGGUUGAGCUUUGCUCAGCGCAUUAGAGGGACCCUUCCGGAUCCUUACCAAGAUUUGAUACCAGAGGGAAAGGAGAAAGACACCCCCGAUUUCAAGUACUCGUUUGAUACUACGCCAUAUGCUACCGAAGGGAGGGAGCUCAUGCAGCUUAUCCGUCGGAAAGCUUCUGAUGAGGACAUCCAGCCAGUCAUGUCGUCUAUCGAGGAACAAGCCCAGUCGCUAGGCGUUGACGCUCCAAUGCUUCCUUCAACUGACGCAUUUGUCACGGCCAUCUGCUUUGUAGGCUCGAAAUCUCUUUCGCACGUCUUGUCUUGCAUCGAGAGAAAUAAAGAACGACUCCUGGCCAUCGGACCAAAGUCCCCCCUCGCGCGUCGCCAAAUUAUCUCUUCGGUAAUGGACUACUGGGCCGAUCAGCCUGGCAUCGGCAUAAACAUAAUCGACAAGCUGCUGAAUUAUACUAUCCUGACGCCACUCUCGGUCAUCGAAUGGGCUUUGGUGGACAAACUAGACGCAGGGUCUAUCCUGGCCAAGACACACGUCUUCGAGAUGAUUGCAGCCACAGUCGGGAAGGUCACCAACCGUCUCCGGCAGAUCGUUGCUGCACGGGUUCAGGCAGGCCUGUAUGAGCCACAAUUGAGCGUCCUAGACGAGACUUUGAACCGUGAGAAAGCGGACAUGCAGGCUCUUUUCAAGGUGAUCGAGGAUUCUGUCGUCUCCAUCGCAGGAGGGAGCAAAGACGAGCUAAUGGAACGGGGCGAUGGAAGUGGCGACCUACCGGAAGAUGGAAUCAUCCGACAAUGGGGCACUCGAUGGCUGAGGGUGUUUCGACGGAAGGCUGCCGUCGAAGAAUCAUUCAUCACGGAAGCCAUGAUCUCGGCAACUCCGCUUGGAACCCAGGCACCUGCACUUCCUUCAGGAGACGUUGCCGCUGCUAGCGCACCCGCUGAUGGGGACAUGGAUGUUGCCGAGGCCGAUGGAGCCGUCGACAUGUCGUGAAUUUCUCAAGCGCAUCCCGAUGCUGUUCCCUUCUUGAAAGAUCCCCAUCCGCAGGGGCGUUGAUUGUAGGGGCUAAGAAGAUGUGAAUAUAUGUAUUCCAAAGCUAUUAAGGCAAACAAAUAGCGUGGCUGGGCUGCCACGGAGUCGUGAGAGAUACUGUCACAAAUUUAAUCUUUGCAGUUGU